AUGUCGGACGAGAAGAACACCACACAGCUCGAGCAGACCGAGAGGCUUGAAGCCCAGGUCAAGUCUGCAGACAUGACCGAGGACAUGCAGCAGGAAGCCAUCGAAGUCGCACAAGAAGCAAUGGAGAAGUUCAACAUCGAGAAGGACAUUGCACACCACAUCAAGAAGACGUUCGACGAGCGUAAGGGUGCUACCUGGCACUGCAUUGUCGGCAGAAACUUUGGCAGUUUUGUCACCCAUGAAACCAAGCAUUUCAUCUACUUCUACCUCGGCCACUGCGCCAUUCUGUUGUUCAAGACGCAAUAG